GGGCUGGCACGGCAGGGGAAGAUGGCGGCCGUCGGCGGGGGCGGCGCCGCGGUGUCGGUGUUGGCGCCCAGCGGGCGGCGGGUCACGGUGCGGGUGGGGCCCGGCACGGUCCUGCUCCAGGUCCUCGAGGAGGUCUGCAGGAAGCAGGGUGGCAGCCCUGGCGAGUACGGCCUGAAGUUUCAGAGGAAUGUGUUGGACCUGUCUUUGCAGUGGAGAUUUGCUAGGCUGCCCAACAAUGCCAAACUGGAGAUGGUGCCAGUCUCCAGCAGAGCAGGAGCUGGAACCACGGUUCGGAUAGCAUUACAGCUGGACGAUGGCUCCCGUUUGCAAGACACCUUCCUCUGUCAGCAGACCUUGUGGGAACUUCUCAACCAUUUUGCAAAGAUCAGGGAGUUGAUGGAACAGGAUGGUGAAUUGUCUCCAGUCUGUAUUUACAUGCGGGAUGAGAUAUCAGGAAAAGAUGCCCUGGAGAAGACAACACUGAAAUCGCUUGGCCUGAUUGGAGGCAAUGCCAUUAUCAGAGUUGUCAUGAAGAAAUGCAGUUCGUCUGGUGGGGAGGAAGUUCUGGGUGCCAUGGUGCCUUGCAAUGAGCCAACAGUGAGGCGAGGCUCUAUGGAAGAAGCUGUGGAUGUGCCUCUACCUCAAGCAAACACAUUUCCAAAGGACUUGGAGCACAGGGAUGUGGCUAUGUCUUUAAACAGCUGCACACACAAGCAAGACUCGAUUAAAGAUUCUCAUACUAGCUUGGAGGAACUGUGGCAUUCCCCAGAGCCUGAGCCUACUCCAUUUGUCCCUUUUUCUGGAGAUGGAGAGCAUCUGGGGGACUCUCCUGUAGCUGUACCACGUUCAAAGCUGCCAACAACUUUUUCCAGCCCUGGAGGUCCUUCUAAGCCAAAGAAGUCUAAGAACAGCCAAGAACUGCAAAAGGAGCAAGAACAGCUUGUGGAACGUGAGCCCCUUAUCUGUCACCUAGACCUACUGGAACAACUUCCUGAUGGCCCAGAAGAGCUUCCUGAUGAAUUUUUUGAAGUCACAGUGGAUGAUGUACGGAAACGUUUGGCACAGCUGCAGAAUGAGAGGAAACUCCUGGAGGAAGCUCCACUGAUGACAAAGUCCUUGAAGGAGUCCCAGCUGAAGGAGAAGUUGGAGCGUUAUCCCAAGGUGGUGGUGAGAGUUCGUUUUCCAGACCGCCAUGUUCUGCAGGGCUUCUUCCAUCCCACUGAGACGGUUGGCGUUUUGAGACACUUUGUAAGAAGCCAUCUUGCUGAUGCAGAGUUGCCAUUUUACUUGUUUGUUGCACCUCCCAGAAUCAUCUUGAACGAUGAAAGUCUGACGCUGUUUGAGUGCACAUCUCGUGUUUCUCUGGAUGUCUCCUGAAACAUGACUUUUUCAGUAAAACACCACAGGAAUAAUUACAUCUCAUUGUCUUUGAAAUAUAAAACCUAAUGGCAGGAAUUUUGUUUAAUUUACUGCAUUAAAGCCUUUGUUCUGUACCUGGCACCAUUACUGGUGCUUGUUAUACGUGUGGCAAUUUCCUGGUUUCCUCGUUGUGACAUUUACUGUGAAAUUCAUUCUUUGUGGCAGCUCCCUGAGACAUGAACACAUGUUAAAUUAGUGCUCUUUGAAGACUUGGAGGUGCCUUACAGCCCAGUCUUAGGGACUUCAUUAGAAAUCACAGCUUUGUGAAGAAGCUGGUCGAUUUUAGUGUCAGACAUCUUCAGUCUGCAGUGGCUUUCUGUGGAUUGCAGUGCUUGCUGAGGCACAUGGCAAAGGUGCAAAACCUUGACUUUGAUACAGAGCUGGGACUGCUCAAGAUGCUAUGCUCAAAAGUGGAAAAUUCUUUGCAAAUGGACUGCUUUAAGGAAAAUAUUUUUUCUCAUUUCUCAUAUCCUCUCAUGAGGAUAUCAUAUCCUCAUAUCCUCUCAUGAUGUCACCAUGAAAGAAGAAUAACAUCCAACUAAGAUAAAGGGUGUCAAAUCCAAAGCUGAUUUAAGAUAUGUUUUUAUUCAUGCCACAUGUAAUCACACCAUAGUCAAAUUAAGCUAGUGGUUAUGUUGAGAAUUUGGGUGUAAUUAAAGUAAAGUGGAGCUUUUAAGCAUGAUCUUAACUAUACAGAGUCUGUACAAUUACUUGCCAAAUGUGGAAAGCAAGUAAAAUCUCAUCCUUAGAAUAUUUUUUAGGGAUUAUUACAUGACAUUACUAAAAGAUUACUAUCACAUUAGUUAACAGUUGCAUGAUUUUGCAUUUUUGGCUUAUCCGGCUAGCUCUGCAUAGAUAAAUGUGAUGAGGUGCAGGGAAAAUAAUUUGACCUUCAUAUGCAGCUCGGUGAGCUCUUGUGUUGAUCAUUAUGGCUUUGGAGCAAAGUCUUAAGGUGGUGAAAUCAUCAGCUCAUUACUGAAUAGCAGUCAAAUUGAAAACCACCUCCUUCCAAAAGCAAAGUAUUCAGAACAAAAUCGAGAACGUCGCUGUGUAUGGACCAGGGUUUGUCUCAAUAACAUCCAGAUCUGGUCUCACAUCUCCAAAAGGAACUGGUGAAGGUGCAGAGAAGAGGAAUGACAUUCAUCAGAGACAUUCUGCAAUGUCUCCUGUCCAAAGAAAGACUGAACAGGUUAGGACUUGCCAGUCUGUUAAAGCUGUGACUGGAAAGGGAAUAACAUGCCAAGGAGAAGCUGGAAUGUGUUGAGUUCUUGAGUAUGAGUGAGUGGCACCAAGUGAGGCACGCAGGAGCUAGAAGAGAUGGAAGGUAGUUGUUCGUGUGUCAGAAAACUGAGGCACAGAAUCCUUUUCACGGGGAGCUGUAUACUGAAAGGAUAUACUGAUUUGAGAGAAGUUCGGACAAGUUCAAGGAAGAUACUUAGUAAGUGUGUCUUAAUAUAUAGAAACCUUUUCAAGAAGCUUCUAAACUGGAAAUCGUUGCUAGCUAAUCACUUACAAGCAAGGAUACUCUUUUCUGUUCAUCUAGUUUUUGUUCACUGUUAGGGUUGUGGCUGGAUUGAGUGGACUUCUGCUCUGCCUAUGGUUCUUCUGUCCUUGGGAGAGCUGUGUUUAAUGCCAGUGGCUGUGUGGCCUGUGUCCCUUGCUGGGGGCCCUUCAGCCCUUUUAGGUCACGGUCUGUUAUGGCAGGAAUGAUUCUGUGUGUUUAUAAACAUUUUACUUGGAUGAAGCAUCAAACAUGAAAGAAACAAUUCCUGAUGAGAACUUGUCAUGCUUUUCUGAUUACCCAAACUGCUGUCAAAGACCACAGAACUCUGACCUGUGAGGAUGGUGCGUUAUCCCUGUUUGGCCUGGCUGAUUGUGGGAGAAGCUUUGCUGUUGUUAACCAAUGUAAAUCCUUAUUCCUCUUAAACUUUCACCACGUUAGUGCAGGCUCCACGCCAUAAUUUUUCUGCUUGGGUAAGUUUUCCCUUCUGCUGGGGUCUGGGUGCCUGGGAGAAAGGGGCUGAAGGGCCUUUCUGCUCUGUGGAAAUGGCUCCAGCUGUGAUGUCCAUGCCUGCUGUGUCAUUGUUUGGUGCCGUGUUUGGAGGUGUCUGUUCCCAGUGACGCUGCACUGCCUGAGCCUUGGGGCUCUCAGUAGAAAUAAGAAUGAAAGAGGCAAUCUCUGGUGCUGGGGUAGGAGGGGCAGCACUGUGGGUGGGACCUGCUCACUCCUUCUCACAUGAGGUUGUGGCCUUCCAAACGGAGAAAUCUUCAGCCUGGGAAGAGGUUUGUGUGGGCCAAGGGUCCCUAGUGGCUGUGAAACCAAGUGCUGUAGAGCUGGCUGCAGUGCUUGGCUGUGCCUUGGAUGGGGGUAGGCUCUGUGCAGGGGGGUUUGUGGAGACCUUUCCCUUUUCAUUCAUCUUGUGGUCCAUGGAAGGGAAACAUCUUGUACUUUAGUCAGAGAUCCCCUUCUGUUUCCUGAUCUGGAAGGAGGGAGGUGAAAGGACAAAGCUGCUCUGUAAAGACAGGAGAGAGAUGGUUAAGGUACUUGGAAAAAUAAUGUGCCUUUGGGGCUGGGGAUAGAGGAGCUUUUGCUCUAAGGUGACCUGGCAGCACGCAGCACCCCUGUAGUGAGAAAGCUUGUUCUGGAAUAGCAGUGUUGUGGUGCAGAUGAUGUGACUGUGAAUGAAGUGCUGUGGACUAUGCAGGUCUUCAGAUGUCGUAGGAAAAAGAGAGCUUGGGUAAAGUAACAGUACAGCUAAUUGCUUAAGUUUUUUUUAAGUAUCUUUGUUGGAUUUGGAGGAUGGUGUCAGGUUUGGGAAGAAGUUUGUCUUUAGUGGUAAUACAUCUCUUUAAGGGUUCAGGUUGUAUCAUGCAACUGCCAAAUUUGUCACUUUUGCCCCAAAUGCUGCAUGUCAGUUGUGGUAGCUGUGCCUCUUGGCACUUGAUGUGCUCCCCUUGCAGAAAUGCCUGCACAUAGCCUCUUGAUUUUUCCAAAGAAGGUACUACCAUAGUGUGUCUAGCCAUUCUGGAUUUUUUUCCAACAUUUAAUUUUCAUGUUAUCCCAUGUCCUAAGUUAGCAGUAGGUUAUCCUCCACUCUAAAGACUGUUUUGGUAAGGAAAAAUGGAUGGUGUCUGAGGCAGUAAUGUGAGCAUAUAUGAGCAUUCAGAUAUUUAUAAAUUACUGAAAUUUGUGCUGAAGCCAAUAGCAGAAGUGACUGCAGAUGGUGGAAUACCAUAUUACCAAUACUUCUGCUCUUUCCACCCUCUCCCUCCAUUCAAGCUGACAAGUUUGGCACCACAUUCAUUACAUUUGAUCACUUACAAUGAAGGGAGAACCUUUACGCUGCUAGCAAAACCAGGAAAAAAGACAACUGUUGCGGACUUGUUUGCCAAGAUACUUGGAAUGAAAGAACUGUCUGAAGUGAAUGCUCCCAAAAUCUGUGUGUAUUUACAGUAUAGUGAACACACAAAUUGGCAGCAAUGUGGAGUUUUUGGAACCCAUAAAGACUUCAAGGCUUUGCUUUGAUUUUUUGUUGUUGCUGUUUUUGCUGGCGGCCUUCUCCUCAUGUCCCUUGAAGUGUUUUAUAAUGUUCUGCUCUCCAGAGCUGAUCAACCACAGGCUUCCCUGUUGUAGCACUUGGCUUUGGGUUCCUUGUAGCUUCAGUGGCUUGUUUGUGUUUUUUCUAGGCUUCCUGAGCUUUUCAGAGUUGCUUCUUAGCUUCUUUCUCCUCCCAGAAACAGGCAGUUUUGUAGUGCAUUUCUGGGGUGGGUUAGUGGAAAAAAAAUCAUCGAUUGCUGUGUUAAUACUAGGAAAGAUUUAGCGGAAAAUAGAAGUACCAGUCACUGGAAAAGUCGAGGCAGCAGAGAGGGCAGGAGGCCAUCCUUCUCUACAGAGGAGCUGAAGGAAUCUACAGGCUUCCACAUAAAUACUUAGGUCCUCUAGUCAGAUCUUAGAGUGCCCUGAGUGUUUCCUUUGUCACAUACCAUGAGGCAGAAAUCCAGAUGAGCUGUUUGUUCCUUUCUUUGCCUUUGGUUCUCUUUCCAUAUCUUAUUUGUUAAUGCCAUUUUGGGCAGUAUGUCUGGCAUGUUUGUUCAGUGAACCUGACUACGACUUGGGCAGCAUGAAGCCUUCUCCUUUGGCAAGAGUCAAAUGCAAUUUCAGAAAAAAUUACUUCAUCAGAGUCAGUCCAUCAGAGGCAUUUCCUGUGGCAGGCCUUGUGGUUAUUGCACUCACUGGCAAAGAAAAUUGCAAUUAAUACUGAAAUUCAUCCAGCACAGAGGAUGGCAUUCACCUAAAAGUCUUCGUCUUCUCCAUCCAGGAUUUUAUCAUCUGACUGCAUUCAGUAGCAAUCUCACCUCUUUGUGAUGAGGUCUGUUACUUAUGCUUGUCUCAUGAUGCUGGCUUCCAGGACAGCUAGGUUCUUCAGUCCAAUGAGAGGCUCCUUGCACAACUGAAUUUGGAGUCGAAAUCCUGCCCAAAAUGUUCACUGCUACUGUCGGUUUUGAAGGCCAGAUCUUUCUGGUCUCAGCUAUCAAGGUGUCAGUGAAUGCUCUUUGUACUUGGAUGCCUUCAUAAGUAGCCUUCUCAAAACAGUGUUUUUAAAUCUUAUCUUUGCCUUAUGAAUUUUAAAGGUGCCCUGCCCUAGCUGGAUCAGAUCUCCUCCAUGUUGGCAACAGAACAUCCAUCUCUUCUGGCAGUUGAAGCCCACAUUGGGCAGCUUUGUUCUCAGGUUAUAAACUUGAACCGCUUGAUCUGCCUCUUUCACCAUGGCUGUGGUGUUUAUUUCUGUCUCAGCAAUGCUGUGCAGUCUUGCUGGAGAAACUUUUGAUCCACUGCCUUGCAGUUGAAUUUUCCAAGAGCUAGUUUAUGUGUUUGGGGCGUGUGUACUAUGCAGUAUUUCAUGCUGGUAGCUUGGGUUUCUCCUUCCAUGCGCGUGUUCCUUUGAAGUGCUUAUGUUCUUAUUCAUCUUCCUAACAUCAGUCUAACAGCAGACCUGUGGCACUCUGAUCUUCUCAGAUUGUGUAACGGAAAGAAUGCUGCUCCUUCUGGCAGCUGCAAGUUCCCUUCAGCAGCAGCCUCUGCCUGGUCUGGCAGCAGUGCUGUCAGGGAAGAGAGCAGCUUCCCGAGAAUAAUGUGCAUCAUCUGCAAUGCUCUGUUCUAGGAUUUUUUUGCGUAUGUAUGUCUGAGAAACAGGAAGCAUUGAGGUGUUAUUUGGGAAGGGUUCUGCCUGCAGUAUUUUCUGUGUUUUCUAGAGAACAAGUUACUCAAACAUGCAGUUAAACAAAGCAGGAAUGUCUCUCUGCUGUAUCACAGCUGGAUUCACCAGGGACUGUUGUUCUGAAGUGGAUAUUUUUAUCGUGGAAUGUGAGAUGCAGCAGCCCCAUGUGCCACUCCACAGCCAGGCUGCCGUGCCCUCGCAAACCACGCUCCCCACCGCAGUGUCCGAGGAGCUGCUCGCUAUCUCUGAUUGAAACGGUAUCAUUUCAGUUGUAGAGUUUCAGACUUAAUGGGGCUUUAUGAGCAGCAGGUUGGUCUUCAGAUCUCUGAAAUAGAAUGUUUUCAUUUAAACUAGUGCAACUGUACCCUAGCAGAUGGAUGAAGCUGUGUUACAUCUUUUUAAAAUCUGAGGAGAUGGUAAUUUAGAAUGAUACUUAUUAAAUGAGAAGGAUAAUAAGCAGGACAUUGACUUCCUUUUGUCCUUGCCUCACUGACUUUCUAAUCCCUUCAGAAGAAAGCUGUCCUGUGAUUAUGAUCUUGGAUGGAGCUCUUGACACUUGCAUGUUCUCAUUACUGCUGCUGCCAUCCUUUGUGACCUUGAGUAAGUUAUCUCUUUAGGUCUAAGUUUUUCAUCUGUAUAAAAAAGAAAAGGCCCCAAAAACAGAAACAAAACCAGGAAACCCAGAAAAAUAAAAACAACUCACAAACUCAAAGUAUUUUUAUUUACAUCACAUCUAUAUAAUUGCACAAUGGGACACCAUUUUCGGUUGGAUUUCUAGAUAUUGCUCCAGUAAAUCUGAGUGUAUGUUGUAAAUACAUUUUGGACAGUGUGAUUUGAACAUUAUGGUUCAAUAGAUUAAUAGCAUCUAUUUCCCCAGUCAGAAUGGCCAUUUUUUUGGCUGGAAAUCAAAGCAGCAAGGAAGAGAAAUGCUGAGUGUUGGAGUGUAGUAACUGGCUGUUGGCUCAGUCCUAUUGUAGUAAUUCUCUGCAUAUAAGUGAGUGGAGCUUUUUGAGUUACUUGUUGCUUUGAAUAUCCUUUGAUUCUUUUGGUCAACCUGGCAGGCUCCUAAGAGUUCUCAAAAUCUGUUCUGAUUCACAGAUGUUCUUGCAAGAACGCUAUGCAGUGAAGAGCUGCAGAGUUGUUCUAGAAACAUUGUCAGAUGCAUUAGAACAACUGCAAACAUUAGAACAGCUGACUUGAGGAUACAGUUUUCAGGUGAUCGUCUGCCCAGUGUUUGAUCAUUACCUUCAUAGGUGUGUCAGAGAAUGCUGAGGGCUUUGGCUUUGGGCUCGUGUGUUUUUGUGGACAGAAUCUACUAAAACCUUCUCAUCUUUAUGCCCAGACAGUCCUUGGACAAUGGGAUCAUUCGACUGGCCUGCUUUCAUUUUUUUGUAUGAAAAUGCUGCUGAUUUAAAUACUUCAGAUUAUAAAAAUCUCUGGGACAGCGUUAGGUCCUGCCAGUGUGGCUAGAGAAUUCCCAGGUGAGAUAUAGCUGGCUGCCUUAUGUGCUGCACCCUCAGGGAGUGCUGGGAUUGGGGUGGUACCUGACAAUUCCACACAAAGGAAGCUAGACCAAAGGUUCUGUGCAUGAGCCAAUAGUCUGUUUGAAUUGGAGGAAAAAACCUUAUUGGUUGGAGGUUUGGAAAGAGGGGACUCUAUGCUGGCUGACCCCUAGAAAAGGAUAGGGAUGCAGGGAAAGGAGCUAUGGGAAUGACGUUGCAUUCUGUGUGCUGCAGGGCUGCUGUCUAGCUCCUUUAAGUUUCUUUCAAUUAAGAUUUUGAACUAAAACAUUUGAACUGAUGUUUUGCCAGCAGUAGGAAAUGGUUGUGGACAUGGGUUCUGAAACUGUGAGCUAUGGUUACUUGACGACCUGUGAGUAAACAGGGUAGAGGUUUAUAUUGGGGCACAGUCUGUCUAUAUGUUUGUUUGUUGAGUGAGUCUGUCUAGCUCUUGGUCUGUAUUUCUCACUCUCUUUCUCUCUUUGUGCCUCACACAGGCCCUGCCAUGAAUUUUCUCUGACCCCUUGGGGCCAUUCCCACAUAAGGCUUUGAUGUGUGUGCCCAGAGCUUGAUUGACAAGGAAGUUUCAGUGGCAGCAGCAGGGAAACGAAGAGAAAGGGGCAGGGCUUUGAACUAAAGGGCUUUGAGUUCUGAGUUUCUGUGCUUACUUAUCUCCUUCAGAAUGUUAAUUAUUUACCAAGAUAAUUGGUCAGGAGGCAAAAAAAAGAGAGGGGAGGUUAUUAAAAAAUUCCAACACUAACACACUACAAAAACCUCAUUUUCCAACUUGCAGCUGGCAUGAAAAGGAUGUUGUGUGUAAAAGGGCUUGAGCGUAUGUGUGUUGGGGGGGCCUUUUUUUAAGGCACCCAUUUCCUAAAUAGACGAAUGCUGUAGGAACAUCAAAGCUCUUUUGAGAGUUUUUUUCUGGGAUUUCUAAACCAUGUCUGGUACUUUGUAAUUAAAAAAGUUUAUGGAGAGCUGUCUUUGUGACUGGAGCAGGCAACCUUAGGCCCUGUUGAUUGAGGAAUGAAAUGUUAAAAGACCUAAUAAAUAAUUAUUUUGCUAAAAUGUCAGUUCAAUGAUGUGAAUUUGCCUGGAUGCUUUAGCAGGAGCUGAGUCUUGGAGCAGAGUGAUAAAUGUCUCCUGUUUCGGCCUAGCGUGAUGUUGGCUGUGCUGCAUGACACAGUCUCCUGUGGCCUCUGGAUUAAUGUCAGAAAAAUGUGUAAUACCAUAUGCUCAUCUGAAGCUUGUAGGCAGGAAGAGAGGUGAAGUUAUUUCAUUUUUGCCUUCAGUUAAUACAAUUUUGUUAGUCUCCAUAUUAGGCAGCAGUCCACAGCCUCCUCUGUGAAGAUCAGGGUACUUUUGAGUUCUGGUAAUUGCUGUACUGUCCAAGGAUGGGGUCCAAGGACCAUCAUUCCAGUAUCCAGCUUGGGUGAUGGUGGCAACAGAGGCUCAAGAAUACUCCAGAGCAGUCAGUCUGCCCUGCACAGUUCCCAAGUACAUAUGAGUGAUACCAACUGGGGCAGUCACUUGCUUUUAUCUGGUUAUUUAUUUACUUAUUGGAUCAGUCUGACAAGUUUAGUGUUAGUGUUUUGCCAGGGAAAAUGUAGACCAUUAAUUAACAUUUGCUGUCUAGUUUCUGUCUAUAGUGGUACUUAUCUCUUUUACAUCAUGAUGAUUUGGUUUCUUUACCUGUCUUAGUACAAGGUUUUCUAAAAGCUUAACAGAAUUGUUUCAGCUAAUUAUUCUUUAUGUGGUAUUAUACUGGCAUAUAAUGUGUGUAAUAAAUAUGAUGGUUGUUUUUUUCAGAAUCCUUUCUGGAACAGCUAGUUAUGGCAUAUCAUGUUAAUCUUCUGCAUAUCAUACCCUUUUAAAAAUCUCAGCCUGAGCUUGUCAGUAGUGUCUGUUUUUAGAAUGAAAUUUAACAACUUUUACUCUCUUGCUCUGUGUUUCUUUUGUGAACACUUGGAUUAACACUGGGUGGUGGUAUAGUGCUUUAUAAUGGAUCACUGAGGUUUCUUGAAGAGGUAGUGUGGCAUUGAGGUCACUGGAGGUGGCAGAGCAACCUCCCUAGGUAGGUCCCUCCUUUAUACCUACAGGUGCAUUUGUGAUUCUUCAAUUGAGCAGGGGGUGUGUGAGUCCAGUUUCACAGUUUCUCUGGUGCCCAGAAAAGGACCAAAAGAUAAUGAAAUGACCUGCAUUUGACAUAUGGGGAGAGGUAGAGAGGUAGUCAAGGCUGUUCAGCCUGGAAAAAAAGAAGCUCUAUGGGGUCUUGUCAAUGUGUGUAGUAGAAGAGACAGAAAACAGCAAGGAGUAUGGUCCAGAGUUCUUAGCAGUGCCCUGUAAAAGGACAAGAGGAAAUGGACACAAAUUACAGGGAUUGCCACUGAAAUAAAAGGAAAAAAAAACCAACCAAAAAACACCAAACCCACUGGAUAGAAAAAAAAUGUUUGAAUAUGGCAAUUAUUCUGAUAAGUAGGAACUAGGAAUUCAGGUUGGAUUUAUAAAAGGAAAUACUUAAUCCUGGAAAGGUGGUGAAACUGGAUAAAUUUUAACUAUAGACAGGGUGUAAUAAAAUGAUUUAGAAUCGCUUUUGGAAGGGCAUAGCUGGAUUUUUCUUCUCUUGGUGUCAGCCACUCAGAUCUUAGAAGAAUCUUCAUCAUAUUGAUGUUAUCUGAUCAGCAGUGGAGAAUCUUGGUGCAAUACAAUGGCCUGAGAUAUGGGGACAGAGGAGAAGAGAUGGCAGGGCAUUCCUGCAGUGAGCGCUUGCUGUGGAGGUCUCAUCACCUGUUUAGUACAUCACAAGUUUAAGUUUUCCUGAAUUACAGACAGUUAGUGACCUUGGCUUGAACUCCAUGAAUGUGUCUGUAGCUGUCUAACCUGCCUCUAAAGUUGACAGUGAAUGUGAAAGCAUCUAGAGGCAGUGAUACCUUCUUUUCCCCUUUU